GCAUUAUGGAUAUGUUCUAAAUUGCCCGAAAAAGGUAAUUUUUGAAGGAAUAGUUGAUGAUUUUGAAAUCGCCCGCUACAAUCGCAAACAUCAUAAAUUAUUUUCUACCAAAACAAUUAAUUGCAAAAUCAUGAAGACUUUUACUUCAAUUUUGUUUGCAUUUGCGAUCAUUUUCAUCUUACUUGGCACUUCUGAAAGUGCUACUCUUGCUCGAAAUGGAACUCAAGCUUUGACAAAUGCGAAAAAGCGUGCUACUUACUGUCCUCCGGAUGCUCCUUAUUUAUGUUCUACUGGAUAUUGUUGCUACAACGCGGGUGAUCGUUGUUGUCUUGAUGACGUUGGUGGGUGCUGCUCCUCGGUAAAUGUCUAA